UCUUACCCAAGGCUUCCAGCUCUCGCUCAAACAUCCCUGCCACCGAGCGAGCUGCCAUUCACUCCUAUCAACGGUGGAUCACUUCCGCAAUAUCACUAAUAACUGGAUUUGCUUGUGUCGUGACGUGGAAUUCGCCGCUCCUGUUCUCCCCCUGACUGCAAGUUGGCUCGUCCUCAGGUCAAGUUUAGCAGACAGAAGACAGGCUGCUUGUGUUAGAUCUGGGCUAUAUCCUAUGCACUUACAGUAACCAUCUGUAGACUCCCAUCAUGCAAUCCAUGCGCUGGCUGCCCUUGGAAGCCAAUCCCGAUGUAAUAAACCAGUUUCUCAAACAGUUAGGUGUUGGCACAAGCUGGCAGUUUGUAGAUGUCUAUGGCUUGGACCCUGAACUUCUCGGCAUGGUCCCCAGACCUGUCUGUGCUGUUUUACUACUCUUCCCAGUGACAGAAAAGUAUGAAUCAUUCAGGACAGAAGAAGAAGAAAAAAUUAAAUCCCAUGGGCAAGAAUUGGAUUCUUCCAUUUACUUCAUGAAACAAACCAUACGCAACGCCUGUGGAACAAUUGGCCUUAUUCACGCAGUGGCAAACAACAGGGAAAAGCUGAAUUUUGAAUGUGACUCUGCUUUAAAGAAGUUUCUUGAAGAGUCUCUUUCAUUGAAUCCAGAAGAAAGGGCCAGAUUCCUAGAAAAAGAUGAGAGUAUACGUGUUACACAUGAAAGCAGUGCCCAGGAAGGACAGUCUGAGGCACCGAAUAUAGAUGUUAAAGUAGAUUUACACUUUGUUGCAUUUGUUCAUAUAAAAGGACAUCUCUAUGAACUAGAUGGAUGCAAACCCUUCCCUGUAAAUCAUGGACAAACAAAUGAAGAGAAGCUGUUUGAGGAUGCCAUAGAAGUUUGCAAAAAGUUUAUGCUGCGUGACCCAGAUGAGUUACGAUUUACUGUGGUUGCUUUCUCCAAAGCCUAAUUAAUCUUGAGCAACUGGAUUCCUGAAACUGCACUCUGGGACUUCCCCAUGAAAGCCAAGUGUUUAAUUCUUUUUUUUUAUAUAUAUAUACUUACUUCAUAACCAUGUUCACAUUUCAGAGUACUGUACAUUAAUAAAAACAGUUAGUAAGUCUCUGA